CUCUGGACCUGCGCAGCGCGAACCAGGCCGAGCCCGACUCAACACAGACACUAGACAAAACCAUUGUUCUCCUUCAAAGAAGCAGGCACGUCGAUGAAGCAAACGAUGAUUGAGGAUAGAGCACAAACAGCUAGCAAGUCUUCAUCCUGUUCUGAUAUAUUCGGUAAAAGUUGUCAACAACAGAAUCAAAAUCAUUCAUUGUAUUUGAAAGCUGAGUGGUAUGCUGGUCAUUUUCAUGGAUUUUUUUGGGCCAUGGUUAUCUAUUAAAUUUUUGGAUGCAUGAUGGCUGGCAACGUGCAAACAGCAAACAGACUGUGGAUUACUAUAGAGGAGUUCACUUCCUGCAGGCUUAGGCUCAGAAGGUUUACCAUAAUCUAUUUUGCUGACUCUUUUGGGUUUCACUUCACUUGCUAACAAUGGUGAGUUCAUUUUUACAAAUCUCUCUCUGGAAAUGCUAAUGAAUUGGUUUGGUAUCAAUUGAUGGGUACCUAACUGGGAUGGGAAAUCCUACCCUAAAAGCUAAUUAUUAAGGCGAGAGAACAAACACACUUAAAUUUCCUAUUAAGCAUCUCAUACUACUCAAUGUCAGGCUUAAUAUGCCAUAUUGUUAAUUCUCCAUCAAUUGCUAAAGGAAGUUUCACCAUCAGGUGCAAACUAGGCGUUGAUGAGGCGUCUUCCCAGCUUGUGUAACAAUCAAUAGCCAUCUUCGGUAAAUAUGGUCAAACUUUUGUUAAAAUGCCUAUAAAGCCCAUUGAAUCUGCUGUCAUGUUGACGAGUUCUCUUCAAUUUAUUUAUCUUUUAUUUGCCCGGAAAGCUCUCUUUCAAAUUUAAUUUGAAUUUCUUCUAUUUCUCAGUCAAAUGAGAGUUCAACUUUACAAAUGCUUAAUUGGGAGUGGUUACCAAGUUAAAGCGUUCCAACAACUUCCACACAAAAUUGUUCAUUAUGUGUUGGCUUCUACCCAGCAAAAUUUGUCCCCCAAACUUGUUAUUAGGCAUGACCAUUCUGGUCACUUGUCUUACAUGGAAAUAACCCAGGAGUUUUACAAUGCUAUGAAGAUUUGUGCUUCAGUUGAGGCAAUACCUAUUGCUCAAACACUUCAUGGCCAACUCAUAGUCUCUGGUUUGGACACUUCUACUUUCUUGCAGAACAAUCUACUGCAUAUGUAUAAAAAAUGUGGCUUGAUUGAUGAUGCCUUCCAAGUUUUCCGUGAUAGCAAUCAUCUUAAUAUCUUCAGUUGGAAUACAAUGAUCCAUGGGUUUGUUGAUUCGGGUAGGAUGAAGGAAGCAGAGGACCUGUUUGAAAAAAUGCCUAAAAGAGACUUGGUUUCCUGGACCACUAUGAUGUCAGGCUACUGUCAAAAUGGGAGGCCUGGUGAUAGUAUAAAAACUUUCAUGUUAAUGGCUUGGGAUUUUAAUCAUAUUAAUGAUCCAUUUCCCUUCUGUUGUGCAUUGAAGGCUUGUGCAUGCCUUGGCUUCGUUAAAUUGGCUGUUCAAUUGCAUGGCCAUGUGAUGAAAUUGGGUUUAUUUAGUGAAAUUUGCGUUAAUAAUGCAAUUGUUGAUAUGUAUAUUAAGUGUGGAGCUGUGAGUUCUGCUGAGAAAGUGUUUUCAAAUAUUGAAAAUCCAAGUUUAUUUUGUUGGAACAGUAUGAUAUAUGGUUAUUCUAGAUCACAUGGAGUUCAGAAGGCUCUCAGUACAUUCUCUCAUAUGCCUGAACAUGACUCAGUUUCUUGGAACACGAUGAUCUCAAUUCUCUCACAACAUGGCUUUGGGGCCCAAAGUCUUAGUAUGUUUGUUAAGAUGUGCAGUAAGGGAUUUAGACCAAAUUCUAUGACCUAUGGUAGUGUACUAAGUGCAUGUGCUAGCAUAUUUGAGCUUGAGUGGGGUAGUCAUUUGCAUGCUCGGAUUAUUCGCAUGGAACAUAACGUUGAUGCCUUUACAGGAGGUGGGCUGGUUGACAUGUAUGCAAAAUGUGGAUGCUUAGAACUUGCAAGGCGUGUAUUUGAAAAUUUAACGGAACAUAAUGAAGUUUCGUGGACUUCUUUGAUCAGUGGACUGGCACAGUUUGGACUUGAAGAAGAUGCAUUAUCACUAUUUAACCAAAUGAGGUGGUCUCCAGUGAGGCUGGAUGAAUUUACCCUUUCCACUGUACUCGGGAUUUGUUCGGGUCAAAACUAUGCCACCAUUGGAGAAUUACUUCAUGAAUAUACAAUAAAGAGUGGAAUGGAUUCAUCUGUUCCUGUGGGGAAUGCUAUCAUUACAAUGUAUACAAAGUGUGGAAGUAUUGAGAAAGCUAGCCGUGUAUUUGGAUUAAUGCCAAUUAAAGAUAUAAUAUCAUGGACAGCAAUGAUCACUGCAUAUUCUCAAAUAGGUGACAUUGAAAAGGCUUGGGAAUAUUUUGAUAACAUGCCUGAGCGUAAUGUCAUUACUUGGAACUCGAUGUUAAGCAUGUAUGUUCAACAUGGUGGCUGGGAAGAAGGUCUUAAGUUGUUUAUUUCAAUGAAAAGGAAAGGAAUUGAACCAGAUUGGAUCACCUUCACAACUUCAAUGAGCGCAUGUGCUGACUUGGCUAUUUUAAAACUUGGGAUGCAAGUUGUAUCUCAAGUUGAAAAGCUUGGCCUUGGUUCUGAUAUUGCAGUUUUAAAUGCCAUUGUUACCAUGUAUUCAAGAUGCGGGCAAAUCAAAGAAGCAAAAAAGGUUUUUAACUCAAUACAUGACAAAAACCUGGUUUCUUGGAAUGCUAUGAUGGCAGGAUAUGCUCAAAAUGGUUUAGGCAGGAAAGUAAUUGAGACAUUUGAGGAUAUGUUGAAGACGCAGUGCACACCUGAUCAUAUAAGUUAUGUUGCUGUUUUAUCUGGUUGCAGUCACUUGGGACUAGUCGAAGAAGGGAAGCACUAUUUUGACUCCAUGGUUAAAGAUUUUCACAUUUCCCCUGCAAAUGAACAUUUUGCUUGUAUGGUAGAUAUGCUCGGACGAGCUGGAUCACUGGAUGAGGCCAAGAAUUUGAUAGAAGGAAUGCCUUUCAAGCCAAGUGCCGCUGUCUGGGGAGCUCUGCUAGGAGCAUGUCGUAUCCAUCAUGACUCAAAACUAGCAGAAAUUGCAGUCAAGAAUUUGACAGAGUUGAGCGCUGAAGAUUCUGGAAGUUAUGUUCUUCUGGCGAAUAUUUACACUGAUACUGGAGAGCUGGAAGGCCUUGCCAAUGUGAGAAAGAUGAUGAAAGAGAGAGGAAUUAGGAAGAGCCCUGGUUGUAGUUGGAUAGAGGUUGAUCACAGGGUACAUGUAUUCACUGUAGAUGACACCAGUCAUCCACAGGUAAAGGAAAUUUACAUGAAAUUGGAAGAGACGAUGAAGAAGAUUGAAGAUACAGGAAGAUAUAUUUGUGCUGCUGAUGCUUAUCGGAGUCGGAAGUACCAUAGUGAAAAGCUUGCUUUUGCCUUUGGCCUAAUUAGCUUGCCAUCUUGGAUGCCCGUACGUGUGAUGAAAAACCUUCGUGUCUGUGAUGAUUGUCACUUGGUGAUAAAGUUAAUGUCUUCUGUCACCUCUAGGGAACUUAUUAUGCGUGAUGCAUAUCGGUUUCAUCAUUUCAAGGAUGGGUUUUGCUCUUGUGGAGACUACUGGUAAAUGGUAAUUAUUUUAUAUUCAAUCUAAGUUAAAUUUAGUUCCUUUCUUAAUUCUUAUUCCUUCUGCCUGUAUAUUGUUCGCCUGGAUGGUCUAAAUAAUGUCCUUAUUGGCUAUUGUUGUAUCUGGAAUUUGGAAAUUAGUGUUACAUUCAAAUGUGAUUGUUGUUCCUAUGAUAA